AUUGGUUCCGUGUGUUGACUAGUAUUGGCUAGAUACAGCCGCUCGAACCAAGCCUUUCCAGCAAUGCGCACGUUCGAAACAAUUCACGCGGGGUAUCAAUUUUCCCGUGGAUUUGUAAGCCGACGAGAAACUUGAAGCACUCGGAAGACAAUGUCCAUCACCUUACGCAUAUAUGAAUAUUGACGUGUACAGAUGCGUUCCAUGAUGUUUGCAUUGAAAGACUUCGGCCAUUCGACUUGUAGCUACCGACUUUUUGGCGCAGUUCGGAACACAAUUGGCCGGACAGCCUGGAAGCAUCGAUUAGCCCAGCAGAAUCAAGAUGAAUGGAUACAAAACCAUCAACCUAAUGACAUCUACCUUCAGAUUUUGGGAAAUGGCACUAUAGGCGGGCCUAGAACAGUGGUUGUUGUUGCAGGCUUUAAACGCUACUUUUUUAACUGCGGAGAGGGAACACAGAGACUCUGUCGGGAGCAUAAAAUCAAAAUGAAGAAUUCCACAGUGUUUCUCACUUCGCCAAAGUGGGAAAAUAUUGGAGGUCUAAUUGGCUUUGUAUUGACUUCACAAGAUGCAGGGAUACAAGAGCUUCAGAUAAAUGGAUAUAAUCACAUUUCUGAUUUGUUUAGAAUCACUCGUAGCUUUGUAAAUCUAGGGUAUUUGAAGCUAAGAACGAACGCUAAACUAGAAUAUGCUGAUGCGGAAAUGAACAUUCGGCAGAUUGUUCAUAGAAAACGAAAAUAUGAUGACCUCGGUAAUUUAAAAAACAUCCAGUUAGCUGGGCAGGAUGAAACUGCUAGUGAUUCCGUAAGCAGUUAUAUUUGUAAACCGAUCUGGAAACCGGCCAAGAUAUCUCUGGAGCUCUGCGUUGAAUUAGGCAUACCCCCAGGCCCACAUUUGGCUCAGUUAAAAGCCGGUCAUGAGAUAACUUUACCUGAUGGACGCAUCGUUAAACCAAGUGAUGUCGUGCAGCCUAGCGCACUGUUUACAACUUUUGUUAUAUUGGAAUGUCCCACUGAGGAUUACAUUGAUUCUUUUCUCGAGGCCGAAGAGUUUAAACCGUACGACCUUGAAGAAGGGGCCCUGGAACAGGAUAUAAAAAACUUAAUUGUUCAUAUUACUCCAAAAAAUGUGUUUGAGUCAGCUAAGUAUAAGUUGUUUCUGCAAAGGUUUUCGCCAAAGGCCGUUCAUUUACAGCUUUGCGCGGAGAACAGUCACGAUCUGAGUGCGCAAGCACAUCGCGCGCAGUAUCAGCUAAACCUGAUACACAAUGAGAUAUUUCCUCUCCUUCGGAGAUCUUCAGUAACGAAGGGUGUAGCUGCUUUAACGAGAUACAAUGUGAGACCACAUACGGGGCUAGACGACGAGACAAAAUUAAAAAUUAUGCCCCAACAGUAUAUCGGAGAGGCAAUGGCAUCACCGAACUUUGAGCAGGAGUUAGCCGAGCUCAAAACUAAGUUGGAAAAGACAAAAGUUCAUGAUCAGAGAGAAUACCCACUAGUGACCUUCUUCGGAACUGGAAGCGCCAUUCCAAGCAAGGACCGUAACGUGUCCGGCAUUUUAUUAACGACGAAACCGAGUAGUCAUAUUCUACUUGACUGUGGUGAGGGCACUUGGGGGCAAAUGAUACGGCACUAUGGGCCAGAAGAUGCCGAAAAGGUCCUUAAGAACCUGAAAUGUGUGUAUGUCUCUCACAUGCAUCCCGAUCACCAUCUCGGAUUAAUCUCGAUUAUCAAAGAACGUAUCGAACUCGGCGUCAAAACACGUCUACGUGUUUUAGGACCACCGGAAUUGCGUACAUGGCUUGACCUCUAUAGUGAAGUCUUUGAGCGGCUCCCUUUCGAAUUUGUGAACUGUCUUGUUUUGUGUAGGGAUAAGCAAGAGCCGUCUUCAGCGGAGCAAAAUCUAAUUCGGAAUCUAUUCUCUAAUUUGGCUGUUAACAAUAUUUCAGCUUGCCUUGUUCCUCAUACGAAGAAUGCAUUUGCCAUUCGUGUCGAUACCAACGGUUACAGUGUGGUAUACUCCGGUGACACGAAAUAUUGUCUGGAUCUCAUUAGACUGGGUGAAGGAUGCGAUUUGCUUAUCCACGAGGCAACAAUGGAGGAUGGCCUCGAGGAGCUGGCAAAGAGAAAAAGGCACUCUACGACAAUGCAGGCUGUUCAGGUCGGGAAUCAGAUGAACGCUAAGUUUACGUUGCUCACACAUUUCUCUCAGCGUUAUUGCAAGCUGCCAAAUAUAGACGAUGCAAUAUUUGAGAAACAUCCCGUUGGCUGUGCGUUCGAUCAUAUGGAAAUUGCCCCCAAGCAUCUUCAAGUGCUUCCUCACCUCUAUCCUUCACUAAAGAGCUUAUUUGCGGAACACGUUCAUCAUAUGAAUGAAAAUAGUAGCGCAUCUAACAUUAUUCGGCGACUUCGACUUAAAGAAGAAGCGCGACGAGAGCAAGAGAAGGAUAAUCUUAAAAAGCUCAUAAAAACAUUAAAAGGAGGUCUUUUAGAACAAAAAUUAGAUGAUUAGGUAUUUCUUCUAACAAUUAAUAGUCAAGUAGUUGUAAAGAAAUAUACUUUUUGUACAUUUGUUACUUUAUAAAGGAAGGCAUGUGUGUUCACUCUAUUCUAUUCUAGUCGAGCAGAUUUAUACGUAGGUAUGUUUUGAGGUAACAACCGUGGCUUUUGAUAUUAGAUUCGAUCUAAAUAAAUGAGAUGAAAAACGAGUAGACUAAACUAGGUAAAAAAUAUUUCGUACUCGGUAUUAGCUAAAAAUAAUUGAAACGUCGAAAAUUACUUGAAUGUAUAUUUUAACGCUGACAAAUAUAGUUCGCGUAUUCGACAACAAAGAGUGGAAAUUAAUGAUCACAGCAAAAGAAUUGAGCGGAAAAUACCGUUAGAGUGAAUCGAUUGCGUUGCAUUGUUUUGGCGUAAUAGAGAUUUGUAUGAACUUCUUGUACGUGGCUCACAAAUGUUUGAACAAGUGUUUAUCAUUGCGUAUUUUGGUUUGAGGAUGUAAGAAAUUCCAUAUCUGCUUUAGUAUCUCUAAGUAUCUGCUCUAGUAAGUUUGCUAAAAGUUGGUAAUCGACGCUGUUGAAAAAGGCACGCUAUGGCAUUAGCCAUUCUUAUCUUGAGUUCUGCACAAAAUGCAGUUUAGUAAGUGCAACGCAAUUAGUCAAGCAUUUUACCAACGAUUUUCGCUUC